AUGAAGGAGAUGGCCGAGUCCUACCUCCGCGAGAAUGUCACUAGUACUAUCAUCACAAUUCCAGCCUACUUCAACGAGGCACAGCGUAAUGCGAUGAAGGAGGCAGCGGUGAUGGCAGGACUCCACGUGGAGCGCAUCAUGGACGAGCCGACUAUCGCCGCUAUUGCCCAAGCCCGACUGCUGCAUCCAUUCGUGCCCCACUUCGUAAAGAAGGUCAAGGCCCUCGUUUUCGACCUCGACGGCGGGACACUCGACACGCGCGUCGUGGCUGUCGAGCACGACAACGUCUUCAAGAAGCACAAAGUCAACAUCACCGAAGAUAAGGAGGCGCUCAAGAAGCUAGUGAGGGAAUGCGAAUGGGCCAAAUUGGGCCUCAGUAGUCGGGAUUGGGUGUGGGUGGAGGUCGUGUUCCAAGGGUUUCACUCUUCGGAGGAAGUUACAAGGGCGACAUUCGAGGAGUUGAACGCGGAUUUGUUUGAAAUGAUGUUAGGGUCGAUUGAGAGGGUGGUCGAGGAUUCGCAUUUGAAGAAAUCGAAUAUUGACACGAUUGUGUUGAGCGGGGGCAGCGCGAAGAUCCCGAGAGUGCGGGAGCUGGUGAUGGAGUUUUUCGAGGGGAAGGAGACCUAG